UGAUCGUAAUCACUGACGGGGAAUCGGCCAGACAGGCAUUGACUCAACAAGAAGCCACCCUUGCCAAGGAUAAAAAAUAACCAUCUAUGCCGUAGGCGUGGGCCAAACUGCAGAUACAGAACUAAAGGGAAUGGCAUCAACACCAGGCCACGUGUUACAAGCAAACAACUAUGAAGAGUUAGCCAAGCAGUUAGAAGCGCUAACACAGCUGUGUGAUGUCGACGGCGCUUGGUCUGCCUGGACGGUUCUUCGAAUGGACCCAUGUGACGUCACUUGUGGCACUGGCAAUCGGUUACGGGUAGACACACGAAAGUGCGACAACCCAGCACCUAAAAAUAAAGGAAAAUAUUGUGAGGGGAGUGACAGAAAGAAUACCCAGCUGUUCUGUGAUACACAAGUCCUGUGUCCUGCAUGGGGUGUAUGGUCACCAUAUACAGAAUUGAUAGCAUGUUCAGUCACCUGUGGAUCCGGUGGAGUUAAAACAAUGCAACGAAGUCGAACAUGUAAUAAUGACAAUCAAGCACGUAAUGGAUGUGGUGCUCAGUCACCUCAACUAGAAAAAAGAACUGAGACGUGUUCAGGACCCGCGUGUCCGUCAUGGGGAGCGUGGACUAGUUACCGAUUCGAUCAAUGCUCUAAAACAUGUGGUACUGGCGCAACACGGACAGGAAUACGAAACAGAAUAUGCUUGAAUGAUAUAGCAUCUGGAUUUGGCUGCGGUUCAAGAUCUCCACAAGAAGAGACCAAAACAGAAGCCUGUGUACUUAAGUCUUGUGCAAUCUGGGGAAUGUGGUCAGGAUAUGUGGAUAAAACAAGCUGUUCAGUAACGUGUGGGACAAACGGGGUUAAAACAAUAGAGAGAAGACGGACGUGUAUUAAUGACAACCAGGCAGGUAAUGGAUGUGGUGCUCAGUCACCUCAACUUGAAAGCAAAACAGCAGCGUGCUCAGGACCCACGUGUCCUGCGUGGGGAAUAUGGUCAAGUUACACUUACAAUCAAUGCUCUGCAACAUGUGGUUCAGGCGUAACUCAGACUGGAACAAGAAGGAGAACAUGUUUGAAUGACAUUGCCUCUGGAUUUGGCUGUGGGUCAAGGUCGCCCCAAGAAGAGAAGCAAACGCGUGCCUGUACAGUAAAUCCUUGUCCUGCAUGGGGAAUGUGGUCAGGUUACACAUACGGUCAAUGCUCCGCAACAUGUGGUUCAGGCGUAACACAAACCGGAACAAGACAGAGAACAUGCUUGAAUGACAUCGCCUCUGGUUUUGGCUGUGGGACCAAGUCUCCUCAAGUAGAAACACAAUCACGGGCUUGUACAGUAAAUCCUUGUCCUAAAUGGGGACCAUGGACAGGAUACACAGAUAUCACAGCAUGUUCAGUUACAUGUGGACCGAAUGGCGUUAAAAGGGUGCAAAGAACACGAGUGUGUACCAAUGACAUACCUGCUAAAAAUGGCUGUGGUGCUCAGUCUCCUCAAGCAGAGACGCGGUCAGAGCAGUGCUUUGGAGGCCCAUGCCCAGUAUGGGGAUUCUGGUCUAGGUACACCUAUACCGGAUGUACUAAAACAUGUGGCUCCGGUGCAACACAAGUUGGAACAAGAACAAGAAUCUGUUUGAAUGACAUCGCAUCUCGUCGUGGUUGUGGUGAAUUAUCUCCUCAAUCAGACCAGCAAACACGGGACUGUACUCUAAAUCCUUGUCCACAGUGGGCGCCAUGGUCUGGAUACACGGCAAUCACUGCCUGUUCUGUAACUUGUGGACCAAACGGCGUUUGGACAACACGCAGAACAAGAAUAUGCAACAAUGACACACCUUCUGGAACUGGAUGUGGCUUGAAGUCGCCUCAGCAAGAGACAAGACAAGAAGUCUGUCUCUCAAGUACAACAUGUCCUUUCUGGGGAGCUUGGUCUGGUUUCACUUUUAGUUCGUGUAGUAAGACGUGUGGAAGCGAUAGUACCAGGAGUGGCAGAAGAACAAGAAUAUGUCUGAAUAACAUUCAGUCUGGACUAGGUUGUGGAGCGCCAUCACCCCAAGCAGACCAGCAGACACAAAACUGCACCGUGCCAUUGUGUCCAUUCUGGAGCACAUGGACAUCAUAUACAUUGAGUACACCGUGUUCAGUGACUUGUGGACCAAAUGGUUUUCAGACAUUACAGAGAACAAGAGUAUGUAAUAAUGAUCUACUUUCACGUAGGGGAUGUGGUAAACUAUCGCCAGAUAAGGAUACCAUAACCGAAACUUGCGCAGGCAGAGACUGUCCAUUCUGGGGCUCCUGGACACCAUAUACAUAUACAGCAUGUUCAGCUACAUGUGGUCCUAGCAUAACUCGAACUGGUACCAGGACGAGAACAUGUAUAAAUGACAAUGCAUCGGGCCGUGGAUGUGGUGCACUAUCGCCAGAAGAAGAUAAAAUAUUAGAGGGAUGUCAGUUUAAGCCAUGUCCCAAGUGGGGUUCAUGGACUCCGUAUACACCAACUGAAGCAUGCUCUGUAACAUGCGGACCAGGUGGGAGAUGGAGGACACAAAGAUCAAGGCAGUGCGUCAAUGACAUACCGUCUGGAAGAGGGUGUGGCGAACUAUCACCUCAAACAGAAAGUAAAACAGAAUCAUGCACCUCUUCUAACACAUGUCCAUUCUGGGGUGCCUGGUCUGGCUAUACAUAUGGCGGGUGUUCUGCUACAUGUGGUACAGGGGUCACAAGGAUGGGAACAAGAUCACGAAUCUGUCGGAAUGACAACCAGCAAGGCAAUGGUUGUGGUGCCACAUCUCCGCAACAGGAUGCACAGCCACAGCCUUGUCAGGUACCUUUAUGUCCUAGCUGGGGCGUAUGGUCACCGUAUUCGCCAUCAAGUGCCUGUUCAGUGACAUGUGGAUCAGAUGGUACGAGGACUGUACAGAGUAGAAGAGUCUGUAAUAAUGACAUACCUCAAGGUACUGGAUGUGGCUCCAAGUCUCCAGAAAUCAACAGCAAAACUGAAUCAUGUUCAGUAUCAAGACAGUGCCCACAAUGGAGUUCGUGGACAGCCUAUACUUUUGGUUCAUGUUCAGCUACAUGUGGUAAAGGCAUUACUAGAACUGGCACAAGAACGAGAACAUGUUUAAAUGACAUCCAAUCUGGACUUGGAUGCGGAUCAAAAUCUCCUGAAGAACAGAGGGGUAUACAAAACUGUGAUGACAAGCCUUGUCCUGCUUGGAGUGUGUGGUCACCAUAUACACCAAUUGGUCCGUGUUCAUUAACUUGUGGAUCAAAUGGGGUUUGGAAUACUCGGAGCACGCGAACCUGCGUCGAUGACGUACCUGCAGGUGAUGGGUGCGGUGCCAAAUCACCUCAGGAAAGAAACCAAAUUCAAACCUGUCCUUCAGUACCAGUACCGUGUCCAAAAUGGAGUUUCUGGACAGCUUAUUCCUACACUCCUUGUUCAGCUACAUGUGGAACUGGUUCUAGAUCUGGAACAAGAACAAGAACAUGUUUAAAUGAUGACGGAACUGGACGUUCUUGUGGUGGUCAAUCACCACAGCAGCAACGGCAGACAGAAGCUUGUGUUGGACCUGUAUGUCCUAUAUGGAGUUCGUGGACAGAAUACAGAUCAGUUGGGCCCUGUUCUGUAACAUGUGGACCAGGAGGGGUCUGGACCACACAGAGAUCACGUGUAUGUCAAUAUGAUGUCGCUAAUGGCAAUGGUUGUGGUGCAUCUUCCCCUCAAUCAGACAGUGUAACACAAACAUGUGUAUCAUCUCUCACAUGUCCAUACUGGGGUUCAUGGUCUGGCUAUACCUACACUGGCUGCUCUGCUACAUGUGGUACAGGUGUCACAAGGAUGGGAACAAAAACAAGAAUCUGUCAAAAUGACAACCUACAGCGCAAUGGCUGUGGUGCCACAUCUCCACAACAGGAUUCACAGACACAGGCGUGUCAGGUACCCUUAUGUCCGAACUGGGGACUAUGGUCGCCGUUUUCGCCAUCAACCCCCUGUUCUAUAACAUGUGGAGCGGGUGGAAGGUGGACUGUCCAGCGAAAGAGGAUAUGCGUUAACGAUAUACCUUCAGGCACAGGCUGUGGCUCGAAGUCACCACUAAUAGACUCAAAAACUGAAACUUGUUCAACAGCAACACCCUGCCCAGCAUGGACUGCCUGGACGGAUUAUGCCUAUGGUCCGUGUUCAGCAACCUGCGGUCGAAGUAUUGUCAGAACUGGCACAAGAAGUAGAACAUGUCAGAAUGACAUUUCAUCUGGCCUUGGCUGUGGAGCACGAUCACCUGACGAAGAAACAACUAUACAAAACUGCCAAGAUAAACCUUGUCCCAGCUGGAGUACAUGGACUCCAUUUACAGCGGUAACACAGUGCUCUGUAACGUGUGGAUCAGGCGGGGUUUGGACAAAACAACGAUCACGGCAGUGUAACAAUGACAUACCUGGUGGUAAUGGUUGUGGUGCAUCGUCACCUCAACAAGACAGUAAAUCAGAGUCUUGUUCUUCGCCAAUAUCAUGUCCAUUCUGGGCUUCUUGGUCUGGCUUUGUCUAUGGAACUUGUUCCGCUACAUGCGGUGCGGGCGUUACAAGAACUGGAACAAGAACUAGAAUCUGCAUCAAUGACGAUCAGACUGGCAGAGGGUGCGGAGACAUUUCCCCACAGACACAACAGGCGCCAAAGACAUGUAGAGUACCUGCUUGUCCCAGUUGGGCUGCAUGGUCAGACCCUAAAAUAAUUACACCAUGUUCAGUAACAUGCGGAUCUGGUGGCUCGGUGAGUGUACAGAGAAGACGUGUUUGUAACAACGACAUCCCUGCUGGUACCGGAUGUGGUUCCCAGUCACCACAGGAUGAUAUCACAACAGCUCGCUGUUCCAACCCUGAUCCACCACCCUGUCCAACAUGGGAAACCUGGACAGGCUACACGUUCACUGCAUGUUCGGCCACAUGUGGUAAAGCCACUAGGACUGGUACACGAUUUAGAACCUGUCGAAAUGAUCUCCCAUCAAAACUUGGGUGUGGUGCAAAGUCUCCAGAACAAGAUAGCACUAUAGAGGAUUGUGUGUUGUCUGCUUGUCCCUCAUGGAGUACAUGGACUCCGUUUACACCAACUGAAGCCUGCUCCGUAACAUGCGGUCCAGGCGGGUCAUGGAGAGUCCAGAGAACGAGAACAUGUAUCAAUGACAAUCAGCAAAGAAAUGGGUGUGGCGCACAAUCACCUCAACCAGAAAGUAAAACUGAAUCCUGUUCUUCACCGAACACGUGUCCAUACUGGAGUUCAUGGUCUGGCUUUACCUAUGGAGGAUGUAGCGCUUCUUGCGGUACAGGCAUCACAAGAAGUGGAAUCAGAUCCAGAAUCUGUCGAAACGACAUUCAAUCUGGUGGAGGCUGUGGAGCUCCAUCUCCUCAGCGAGAUAGCCAAACACAGCUGUGUCUAGUACCCUUGUGUCCCAACUGGGGCGACUGGUCUGGAUACACUCCAAUAGAGCCGUGUUCAGUUACCUGUGGUACAAAUGGCGUCUGGACUACACGAAGACAACGAAAAUGCAAUAACGAUAUUUCUUCCAGAAUGGGAUGUGGUGCUCUGUCUCCCCAGGGGGAAACACGCGCGGAAUCGUGUUCAACGUCAGUUGCUUGUCCGUUUUGGAGUGAUUGGUCGACCUUUGUUCCUGUCACAGCAUGUUCAGUAACUUGUGGAAAUAAUGGAGGAACCCAGACAAUGAGGAGGAACCGAAACUGCGUCAAUGACAUUCCUGGAGGUGGAGGCUGUAAAAAUGGUCUCAGUCAGGAGAUAAAAACGCAAGGCUGUUUUCCAAAUACUCAGUGUCCAGUGGAUGGUCAGUGGGGUCCAUGGAAGAAAGGAGCUGUCGGGCAGUGCUCUGUAACGUGUGGCAAGGGCAAUCAAAAGAGGACACUGUUCCGAGCAUGCGACAGCCCUGCUCCUCAGAACAACGGACGGAACUGUGUCGUCAUCAACGGCAUUGGCACCACAAUGGAGGAGACAGAGUCUUGCACUAAGGAUCCCUGUCCACGUGCACCUGUCGGCCUGUGCGACUCUGCUACCAGGGUGAGGGGUGUAGGCUACAGACUGCAUCCAACAGACUGUGACAAGUUCAUUCAGUGUUACUACAGAGAUACGGACGGUUUCUCGAUCGGGGUGGUCAAGACGUGUCCCUUCAACCAUUACUGGGAUCAGAAACAAUUUCGAUGUGACUUGGCCUGCAAUGUCGACUGCCCCAUUGAAAAAUGCAAAAACAAAGCUAUAGAAACCUACAACGUGGAAGCCAGUUGUCGCGCUUACUGGUCUUGUAGCAAAGGAAAGUCUGAAGCUAUGUGUUGCCCGGCCGGAUUUGCCUACGUCCACAACCGAGGAUGCCAGGUGGACUUUACCUGUAGGGAUAAGUGUCCGACAAUUUGCGCCACUAAAGAUGUGUGUGAAAAACGCCCCAUGUGGAACAACACCAACAGGUUCGAAUCCAGUAUGGGUACCCUUGGUUGGUUCCCGUCAAGCUGUCUAAGGAACAACCUCUACUUCGACGUCAUCGGCUGUGAGUGCUCAACAGCAGCUACCACAACUUGUGCUCCUAAUAUGGUGCUGGACUUCAGCACUCAGAAUAUGAAUGCAGGAACAGGGAUUACCGUCUCUGUCAGCAACAUAGCGAUCGCGGGAGGGAUUGGGUCUUUCUCUGGCAGAAGUCUGAUUCGCACAGACCUGGCUCUGUCGGAGGCCGCAGCUACGAAACCGAUAGCCCUGGUGUUUCAGUACAAGGAACUUGCCGUGGUGAAGUCCAGACAGGUCCUCUUCGUAAGUCCUCAGUGCAAGAUGGCCGGUUCGUCUUCAAUGGUGAUCGCACUAGAAAUGGACACUUUCGUAAUCGAACUCAAAAACUGGUUCGGAUCACGAGUUCGUAUGACCAUUGCAACUGAUGGUUUUCCGGUGGAUUCGUGGAAGCAGGUACAAUUCGUGUACGAUGGCAAAUUCAUGACACUACAUAUCCAGGCUGGAAACAGGAAAUAUGCAGAAAAAGCCUACGCUCCGCAAAUAGGGUUGAUUCAGUGCGGUCUGGACAUUGGCACAGAUGGAACAGACAUGGGAUACACCGGUCAGAUGGACACUAUUGGGGUGUACCGCUGUGACCCAACGAUUCCCAGAGUUUGAACAUAAAGACUCAGUGAUCUAAACUUGUUUUAAAAUUAAUCCUCUCCGUUCCACUCUGUCUUAGUGAGAAGAGAGUGGACAUAUUUUUAAUCCAAACAAGAGACUUUUAUUUUUUAUCUUACCUUACCUUAGAUCAUGCUUUAUUGAAAAACGUUAUAUUUCGUUCAGAUAGCACAGUUUAAUCAAUAUUUAAAAUAGUAUGAAAUUAAAGCAUUCAAAUAUUUUAUCGUUAUUGGUUCUGACCACUAACCACUGAUAUUUCUUCUUUUUUCUUUUCUUUGUUCUUUUCUUUUUUUUUUUUUUUUUCUUUUUUUUUUGAGGAGUUGUUUACCGUAAACCUUUGAAUAGAAGCCUGCAUUGAAUAGAAGUCUGCCUCAUUUAGAGGCCUGAUCUGAGAGAAUCGUAAAAACAAACAAAGGUCUGCCUUGAACAGAAGCCGGGUUUGAUAGCAUCGUAAAAACAAAUAAAGGUCUGCCUUGAACAGAAGCCGGGUUUGAUAGCAUCGUAAAAACAAAUAAAGGUCUGCCUUGAACAGAAGCCGGGUUUGAUAGCAUCGUAAAAACAAAUAAAGGUCUGUCUUGAACAGAAGCCGGGUUUGAUAGUAUCGUAAAAACAAAUAAAGAUCUGUCUUGAAUAGACGCCCGUUUUGAAUAAUCAGGUCAAUACCUACCAAACAAAUAGAGCGUCGCAAAACCAAAUUAAGCCUAGGCUUCCACUCGAAGGAUUUAGGGUAUUCAAAAUUCAGAAUUUCAGCAUAAAUUUUUAUUAACUUUUAAUUGUAAACACAUUUAAGUGCUUUAGUAUAGUAGUGCUAGCAAGUGAAGCUUAAAUCUGUACCUGAUGUUUACCAUCAUCGUUACCACCACACCAACAGAAAUUAAGAGAACGUUGAAAUCCUGCCAUUUCGAUGAUUUCUAGCAUUCCAUUGGUAGGACGCUUGCUAUCGCACGUUAUAAGACCACAUUUAAAACGCCUCUGAGAUUAAGCAUUUUAAGUUCAAACAGUUUUCAAUACUUGAUCAGGGUAACAAUAAUCAGCGAGGUUGCGAAUCCCAAUGCGUACAGGGCCGUGAACGUGUCAAACCGGAAAUUGCUUUAUACGUAAUGCAUUUAUGUGCUGUCGAGUUGUUUCGCAAUGUGUCCUGUGUCAUUUAAAAGUUGUAUAUAAAUAUUUUCUUUAUAUAUGUCUAUAAUAGUAUGUUUAUGUAAGUCUGUAAUUUGUAUGUUUAUGUAACAUGUCAUUUGUAGUAUAUAUGUAUCUUUAUGUCGGUCUUACAACAGAGGAGGAUAUAUGGGGACCCAGGGACACCCCCCCCCCACACCCACCCACCCACUACAUUUUGCGAUAGUUAUAAUUUUAUUAUAUAUUAUAUUAAUUUUAUUUUUUUACGAUCCCCCUCCAAACUUCCCCCAAAGUUCCCUUGACAUUUCACCUCAUGUCGGGGAGACGAAGUAAAAACAAAAAUAGGCGGAGCAAGAGGGAAACGGGAAAAGCUAGCAAAACAGAUACUUGAUAGAUUUCAACCAACAAGUUGUAAUUUAAUUAUAAAAAAUUUAAAAAUUGUCGUAUUUGUUUAAUGUAAACCUGAACAUAAGAACAUAUCAUUUAUUAGUGUCGACGUUUAACGUGGUUCUGUCACGUGGUAAUAAUUAUAGAUUAACUGCUACAAAAAUAUAUAAAGAAUCUAAAAUAAGUUGUUUUUUUUUGUUGGUUCUGUAGCUUACGUUCAAAGAAAUAAUGGUAAUUAUAAUUCGUGUACCUGUACGCGUACGUAUUGCUGUGCUUACCAGUACACAUAUACGUGUAGAAAUUGGGGGGUCGCAACCUCAUUGUUAUAUAGUGGCAUUAGGCGUCUCGACCGUAGAUCCCAGUUGAUAGUUGCUGCUACCUUUGACAAGAAAUACUCUCGCUAUAUUAUUAUACAUUGUCAGUUGAACAUGACUCUGCGCUCAACGUGUUUUUAUACAUUUUUAAUACCUGUGUAAAACUGUUAAAUAGAUUCUAUUUUUAUAUGUUGUCUAUUUUUAUAUGCUGUUAUACGUUUGUGUAAAAAUUAAAAUUGUGCUCAACAUAAAUGGAAUAAUUGUUUUGUAAGAAUUUUAUUUUGUGUAAAAACAAUUUACUAAUAAUAACUUUGCGCUUAACGUAACGUGAAUUUAGUGUAAUUUAGGCCUACGAAUAUAUUUUUGCGUAAAAAAAUGUUUUAACUUUGCGAUUAACAUAACUUAAAAGUAGUGUAAUUUACUACUUAUAUGUUUCACGUUUGUGUAAAAAAAAAAAUAAUAAUAAUAAUUAACUAUGCGCCCAUCAUAACAUGAAUGUGUUUAAUUUGUUAUCUGGUUUCGCUAUAUGUAUGUAAUUUACAACGAAUAUGUUUCACGUUUGUGUAAAAAAAAAAUUAAUAACUUUGCGCUCAACAUAACUUGAAUUUUGUGUUAUUGAUUAUCAGGUUUUAUUAUAUGUAUGUUUACCGUCGUUUGUAACCAAUAGUUGAAGAUUGUUUACAGCACCAUGAUCAAAAUUGUAACAUGUGUUGUGUAAUUGGACACGCGUAAUUUGAAUAAAUAAUUCAUCGCAUAA